UUUGCGCUCGCCGCCGCAAGCCCCACUGAGCCCGACCCUAUCGGCCAAAGCCCCCAGAUCCAAGAUGGCCUCGUAAUCCGCGCGCCAACGACGUGUCCUGUGGUGCAGGACGGAUUGACAUCCACCACGUUCCCCUGGACGCAUGCGCCGACGUGCCUCCCGCUCGUCUUGCCCGCGGGAGAGCACGGCGGACGGCACAGCACGUACUGCGUGUUCACGAAUGCAGCGUUCAAUGAUGGGCGCGGCAUCUCUAUUGUCACGAGUCCGGAGAGCGCGGCCGAGCUCGCGGCCGAGGUAUGGGAGACAGGCUUGGGGCGAGGACGAGCGGAGCAGGGGCUGUGGGAGGCGAGGGAGGUGGAAGGGAAGGGUCUGGGACUGUUUGCGAAGCGGCUGGUUGAUUCUGGGGAGACGAUAAUCUUAGAGAGUCCGGUUUUAGUGGUUAGUAGGGAGGUGCUGGGGAGCGUGAGUCACUCGCGGAGGAGGGUGCUGCUUGAGAAGGCGGUGGGGCAGUUGCCGGAAAAGACACGGGAAAUGGUUAUGGCGCUGAGUCGGAGAGGAGGAGAGAGCGAGGUCGAGGAUAUUGUGAAUGUGAAUGCGAUGGGGGCGAAGGUGUGGGACGGGACGAGCCAUCUGAUUGUGGUGCCCGAGGCUGCGCGCAUCAACCAUGCCUGCCGCCCAAACGCCUACUACCGCUUCUCCGACGCGUCCCUCACCCUGACCGUCUUUUCUCUCUCCCCCAUCCCUCCGGGCACCGAACUCACCUUCAGCUACGGCUUCUCCCAGCUCCCCUUCACCUCGCGCACCGCCGCGCUAAAAGAAACAUGGGGCUUCACCUGCACCUGCGCUCUCUGUUCCUCUACGCCCUCAAACAUCUCCGCCUCCGACACCCGCCUGUCCGACAUCGCCGGCCUGAAAGCCUCACUGCCGACAUCCCUGGAGGACAUCCCGCAGUACAUCGCGCUGAUCCCGCGGCUGGUGGCGUUGCUCGAGGAAGAGGGACUAUACGCCGAGUUGGGGAUGUACGAGGAGAUUUUAGCGUAUGCGUGGAGUGCGGUGGGGAGCGAGGGGAGGGCGAGAGCGUGGGCGGAGAGGGCGGAAGUGCAUUGGGGGGUUGUGGCUGGGAAGGACAGCUGGGAGGCGAGGAGGUGUGGGGAGUUGGCGGGGAAUGUGAAAGAGCAUUAUACGUGGGGCACGUGGGAGGGAGACAUCUGGGAGGGC